AUGCCUCCUACCGUGACAGUCCAGAUCGAAUCCGACCUAGACAAGCCGAUUGUGAUCAUGGUGCAGCCUUUCAGCUUGAAGCUUCUAAUAUGGCCCGACCCUCCAGCUCCCCUUGCAGCUGCAAAUAUGCUGUGGUCACCCAAUGCUCCCAAGGCUACCCUCCACAUGCGUCAUCGGUCCCUCACUACGACACUAGCACCAACAUGGUUCGGUGGAGCUCACCACCGAUGCGUUAAUUACAUGCCACAGAGAUGA